AAUAAAUUUUGGUUACAGUUGAGGGGAGGGGGAGACGCAUCCCUUAUUGCAGUUGGCGCCAUUUGCUGAUGCGGCAAAGCUCGAUCACAUCGUCGGCACAGAAAUUUCUUUGAGUUUUUAUCCAUUCAUUCAUCAAUCUAUCAUCGUGUCUUCCCGUUCAGUAACCUGAGCUCCGUUGCCGUCCGCCUCUACUGCUUCUGUAGAUCAAUGAAAUUCUCAUUUUUCUGUAUACAAUAGCCCUAAACGAUGGAAGACCAAAGGCUGUUGGAGAGAGAGAGGCACCAGAUCGAGCAGAUUCUUCAGCUUGAUAAUGAGGAGUUACAAGUUGAAGAAGUUGAUUACCUCCAUGACUCAGAUGAUGAUGAUAAUGAUGAUCGCGAUGCUAUUAGUAAUGGUCAUGGUGGUACUGAGGCCUUUCCUGAAUUUACUUUCAAUUCCUCUUUGGCAUCUUUGCAUACGUAUCUUGGUGAGGUUGAAGAUGCUCAUCACAGAAUGGCUUUCUUGGAUGGGGGUGCCAUCCUGAACCUACCUGUAUUUUAUCUUGAAGGUGUUGUGUUGUUCCCAGAAGCCACUCUACCUCUGAGGGUGAUACAAUCAAAUUUUAUUGCAGCCAUUGAGAGAGUGUUGACUCACUUUGACACCCCUAAUACUAUAGGUGUGGUUCAUGUCUCCUUGGAUUCUGAUAGUGAAAGACUACGUUUUGCCAAUAUUGGGACAACUGCAGAGAUUCGGCAGUUUCGAAGGUUGGAGGAUGGUUCACUUAAUGUUCUUGCCAGAGGGAAGCAACGGUUUCGUCUUAGACGUCGUUGGAUUGAUGUUGAGGGAGUGCCAUGUGGAGAAGUUCAAAUUAUCCAGGAAGAUUUGCCAUUAAGGGCUCCACGGGAUGCUUUUGGAGAAUUGGCUCCUAGGAGUACUGUUCAGCGGCACGGUCUCUCAUGUGCAUUGGCUUCAUAUACUCCUUGCUCUAGAUCAUUUACGUCCAGGGAUGAGGAGGAUGAUUCUGCCUCUAAUUCAGAGGAAAGCUUUGAACGUGAGCUUUCAUUGAGAGAGAAGAAAAUCCACAAUGCAGCAAUUGAUUCCAGUGAAUCUUGUAGCGAUGAGGAGAUGUCUGGAUCGGAGGCAGAACACCAACAUUCGAUGUCACAUCUAAAUGACUCUGAUUCUUUAGGGUCAAUGCAUUCCGAUUGCGAGAAGGAAAAUGAGAAACCUGCCUCUGACAUUGGAAAGAGUUCCACAUCAGCUAGGGAAUCUAGCGAGAGCAAAGAACUCAAAAGAUGCCGAAGAAACUCAAGUUUUAAUCCGAUGCACAGGGUUUCAAAAGCAUUUUGGCCAUAUUGGGUUUACUCAAUGUAUGAUUCAUAUUGUCUUGCUCAAAAAGCCGCAGCUAUGUGGAAGCAGAUAGUGGGGGCGCCAAACAUGGAUGGUUUUGUGAAGAAUCCAGACAUCUUAUCUUUCUAUAUUGCUAGUAAGAUUCCAGUUUCUGAAUCUACUAGACAAGAGCUUUUGGAGAUUGAUGGCAUUUCAUAUAGAUUGCGUCGGGAAAUUGAAUUACUCAAGUCUAUUGAUAUCAUCCAAUGUAAAAACUGCAAGACAGUUAUAGCCAAGCACAGUGAUAUGUUGGUGAUGCCUAAUGAAGGUCCGUUCGGUGCUUACGUGAACCCCCAUGGUUAUGUUCAUGAAAUAAUGACUCUUUAUAGAGCAAAUGGCUUAGCACUCAGAGGACGAGCUCAGACAGAAUAUAGUUGGUUCCCUGGAUACGCGUGGACAAUCUCAAUCUGUGCAACUUGUGAAACUCAAUUAGGAUGGCUUUUUACUGCCACAAAUAGGAAUCUGAAACCCAAAUCGUUUUGGGGAAUACGAUGUUCCCAGCUAGCGGAUGCCACACGUUGAUACGUCCACUUUGGUUAGCUUUUUCUGAACUUCUUUCUAGUCUGUAGAGAAAGUUCAUGUUUGUAUCUGAGAAAACUUUGCUUCCAUAGAUGAGUGAUUCUGUUUCAAUAACCUUUACAAGUUCACGACUGGAGCAACUGCUCUCCCUCAAAUCUAGAUAUAGACUAUAUAUAUAUAUAUAUAUAAUAUUCAUAUGCGACAUGUAAUAAACAGUUUAUUGCAACUAUAUUCUAUUCAAGGUAGCGGGAGGAAUUGCUGGGUCGAACAUAUUUCAGUAAUCAAAUUAAAAUGUGUCAAAUUUUGUCA